CACGUUAAGAUUUUGUAACAACAUUGAACGUCGCAUGUUACUGACAGGCGGCAACGUUUCAUAAACCAAACCAGACUUCGCUUUUACAUUUCCAACUUGUCUUGAAUUGUGAAUCGUGUUGUUCGCCUUCCUCUUCGGAAACCAGUCGUUUAAACUGGUUCGGACCGGUGUACGCUGGUGUGUUUUUGUUGUUGCAGUCAGCGUGUUGUUGUUAUUGGAGGUCAGCGGGUCUCCAGGUGAAACCAGCGCGCAGAGUCGAGAUGCUUUCCCCCGGCAGGACCGUCUCUUCCCGGCUACUGAGGCCGGCCUCGUGGAUCCCUUUCCGGAUGGGCUCUGACGGGAGAGCCGCCAGCACUCAGAGAGAGUUGAUAAAGAAACAGGAACUGGAGAAAGAUGAGCCCCGCCCUCUUUACAUGGACUUCCAGGCCACCACACCCAUGGACCCCCGGGUGUUGGACGCCAUGUUACCUUACCAGGUGAAUUAUUACGGUAACCCUCACUCCAGGACACACGCCUAUGGCUGGGAGAGCGAGACUGCCAUGGAGACAGCCAGGAAGCAGGUCGCUGAUUUGAUUGGAGCAGAUCCCAGAGAGAUCAUCUUCACCAGCGGAGCCACCGAGUCCAACAACAUGGCCAUCAAGGGCGUGGCCCGGUUCUAUCAGACCAAGAAACGUCACGUGAUCACCACGCAGACUGAACAUAAAUGUGUUUUGGACUCGUGCAGAGUUCUGGAGUCCGAAGGAUUCAGCAUCACCUACCUGCCGGUCCAGCCGAAUGGACUGGUGGACUUGGAGCUGCUGGAGGCCUCCAUCCGUCCGGACACUUCUCUGCUGUCUGUGAUGACCAUCAACAACGAGAUCGGAGUCCAACAGCCCAUCGACGAGAUCGGUAGGAUUUGUCGUUCCAAAAAUGUCUUCCUCCACACUGAUGCCGCUCAGGCUGUCGGCAAAGUACCCAUCAACGUCCACGACUGGAAGGUUGAUCUGAUGUCUAUCAGCGGUCACAAGAUCUACGGACCUAAAGGUGUGGGUGCUUUGUACGUGCGUCGCCGGCCUCGGGUGCGUAUGGAGCCGCUGCAGAACGGGGGUGGGCAGGAGAGGGGGCUGCGGUCUGGCACUGUCCCCACCCCACUGGCUGUCGGGCUGGGAGCCGCCUGCAGCAUCGCCGAGCAAGAGAUGGCGUAUGAUCAUCACAGAGUGACCACUCUGGCUAAUCGUCUGAUCCAGAAGGUCAUGUCAGAACUCCCCGAUGUCAUCUUGAAUGGAGAUCCAGAACGAGGCUACCCUGGCUGUGUCAACCUAUCGUUCGCUUACGUGGAGGGAGAGAGUCUGCUGAUGGCGCUGAAGGAUAUCGCUCUGUCAUCGGGGAGUGCUUGUACGUCAGCAUCUCUGGAGCCAUCAUACGUCCUCAGAGCCAUCGGAGCAGAUGAGGACCUGGCUCACUCUUCCAUCAGGUUUGGUAUUGGCAGAUUCACCACAGAAGAAGAGGUGGACUACACGGCAGAGAAAUGCAUCCACCAGGUCCGCAGACUCCGAGAGAUGAGUCCUCUGUGGGAGAUGGUUCAGGACGGCAUUGACCUGAAGAGCAUCAAGUGGACUCAGCACUAGUCCCCUCCCACUUCCUGGUUACUUCCUGGCUGGCAACUAUAACGAUGACGACCAUUAUUCCCAGAAAACAAAAAUCUGGGAAAUGGACCAGCUUUCCCUUCCUGUACACAAACACGCACAAACUUCCUGUCCGACUUGAAGUCUGUUUGUAUCUGUCGCUCUGUGUCUCUGUAGGCGCUCCUCCAGCUGCUUUCUCAGGAGAUGUGGCUCAGAGAGUUGACUCGAACAUUGCAACCUCUGUGUGUUGUCUGUUUGAUCUGUUGCACGUUUUCAGCUCGUGUGGGCCAACAUGUUGCUUCCGUGUCGAGCCGUCAAGAGGCUGCGACACCUCAGUCCUGUAUCACAAAGUCAGGUCAGCUUAGGCUGGCUCUCGUUGAUGGUUUCUUGGAGAAUGUCAGCCAUAUCUGGGUUUACUGAUCAAGCUACGUCGUUUUCUUUUUUCAAAGAUGGCGGUUGUCUGUGCUAAAUCGACUCCUGCACAGAUCAAUCUCAGUAAUUACUUAACUAAAGGUUCCUCCAAACAGCUCCCAGAGAACUUUGCUUGUUGCCAACUCGAGAAAAAGCUAGCUGGGUCAUUUAUGGAGCUGGAGCUAUUUAAUGUCUCAAAACGUUUCUGUUCCUCUUUAUUUCAUGUCUGUUUUCGGCACGUUUGUCCCUCAUCUGAUCUUCUGAAGGCAACUUGCUCUAGUGCAGGUCAGCCCUACACUGCAAAAACUCCAAUCUUAACACGUGUAUUUGUCUAAAAUAUGUCAUUAAACUUAAUAUUUAUUUGUUAAGUGCUUUGAUAUAAGAUGUUCUUACUAAUUUAGAUAGAGCGUCUCAUUUCAAGACGCUUAAGUCAGUUUUGCUUGUUGCAUUGGAAGAUAUCUUAUACUUCUAACAAGCAGCUCAGGCCGUAUUCUGGGGUUUUUGUGUCCUGAAAUAAGAUGUUUAUCUGGACCUGUCAGGUGAAAGUGGCUUUUAUUAAGUUUAGUGAGAUACUUUUGAUUAGAAGUUGGGAGACCCAGAGCUCGCUGGAGGGAUUAUACUGUAUAUCCAUUCUGGCCUGGGACCGCCUUGGGAUCCCCCAGGAGGAGCUGGAAAAACAUUGCUGGGGAGAGGGAAGUCUGGGGCAACUUGUUUAGCCUGCUGCCACCACGACCCGGCUCUGGAUACACUUCAAAUCCACUUGCUAAGAUUUGAGUUGUUGCAGUGCACAGCUUUCAUGACACAAGAGAGCCUUGGUUUUUUCAACACAAAUACAGCUGCCGAAACUGCAAAACCUGCUUUGUGAUACAGCCUCUUUUUUAUUUUAUCUCUAAUGAACCUUUAUGUGUCCAGGUUAGUCCCACUGAGAUCUGUUUCAAGCGGAUAUGGUCAAGAAUAGCAACAACAACACAGUUUCAACGAUAAAAACACUCAAACUCACACAGUACACAUAAUAAUGAGAAAAGCAUCGGCUCAAAGAGGCUCUUAAAAGAUAAUCGAGAGUUCCAGUGAGGUGGAAACAAUUUGGAAGAAUGGGCAAUGUUACUUAGGCGAGACGUGGGAUGGCAACUGAAGGCAGCAGACCUCAAACGGUCGAUUUGAUGAUUCAUUUAUAAUUCUGUGAGUCCGACCUUUUCUCUUGCUGAGUCAUAGAUUCUCUCCUGCUCUGUUCACAGGUGAUCCAAAGCCCUUCUCUGUCUCUCACUCGCUGCUUUUCUUUGCACAUCAGUGUUCAAUAAUCUCUAGCAUCAUGUCGGUGUAUCAGCAGCGGUUCUCUGGGAAAAUCCAGACGGUCACUGUUACCUGCCGCGUUUUAAUUAUAUUGUUAAACUCUGGAACACUCUACAAGACUGUUAAACCCAACAGAUGAUUUUUCAUGAUGGUGUAGAGAAAUAAAAAACAGCUAAUGGGAGGAUUUUUUUAAAGUCUUGUAUUCUGUUCCUGAAUAUAGUCAGCUGAGCCUCGAACUGUCAUAUUUAUUAAAAUCCUGCAUCUGUCUUCUACUGUUACUCUUUAUCUUACUGAUUAUUAUCCAAUAAAGUUCUGCUUCAUGGUUAUGCAAUAAAGUUUUGUUAUGA